AUUUGUUAGUUCCACUAUAUAGGUAACCCCAUUAGAAGGCCCCACGACCUCACUGUACGUACUUUUUACGCCUCCCCCCUGCCCCCACCACAAAAGAUUCCUUCUGCUGUUCAAAUCUCCUAAGCAGUUAGUUACAAAGACUACGCAGGACACAUCUUCUUUUUUUUUAUCAAAAAUUCCUUCUUUUUCCCCCUCCCCCUCGAUCAAGAAAAAAUCAGAGGAAUAAGGAACCCGUACUUAUUUGGGUACUUAUUUUUCAUUUAUUUACUUGGUCACAUUCGCUUGUGAUCGAGACCGAUAAUUUUUACGUCGGUAUCGAAAAAGAAAAAAAAAAAAUCUAAAUAGAAGAAAAAUAAUCCUAAGCGGGGUAAAUUUCUUCGGUCGCUUCACUUAUCGUCAUCUCUAUCAUCUUCAUCAUCAUCCCGGGUUUACACCAGCAUCAGCAUCAGCAUCAGCAUCUCCUUACGGUUCGGCGAUAGAUAAAAAACAAAUACUAUUUCAAAAAAAUGGUUUCCGCAUCAAAGGAGAAGAGACUCGCCAAGAAGGCAGCCGACGGCAAAGGUGAGAAGAAGACUCUCGUCUCUCGAUCCAAGGCUGGCUCCAAGGCUGCAUCCAAAAACACCAGCGCUGCUGGUUCCGUCGCUGGCGAUGACCCCCCUAACCCAGAUGACGUUCCCGCGACCGACGAUGCGAAGAUGGAAACGGUCAAGGCCCUUUCCGACCAAAAGGAUAAACAUGGUCUCUCCGAUCGUAUCACCACCGGUGUCUUAGCAUCCAUACCCACCAGUAAGGACGUCAAGAUCAUCAGCGCCAGCUUAACCUUCCACGGUCGUGUGCUCCUCAACGAAACCAACCUUGAGUUAUCAUUCGGCCGUCGGUAUGGAUUGCUGGGUGAGAACGGCUGCGGAAAGAGUACCCUUCUUAAGGCCAUCGCCGCGCGAGAAUACCCCGUCCCCGAACAUGUCGACAUCUACCUCCUUAACGAGGGUGCGCCGCCCUCUGACUUGGGUGCCCUAGAAUGGGUCCUCAAGGAGGCUGAGAAGGAGAUGGACCGUCUCGACAGACUGGCCGAACAGCUACUUGAGGAUGAAGGUCCCGACAGCCCUGUGCUGAUGGAUAUUUACGAGCACAUGGACAAGAUGGACCCUUCCACAUUCGCUACCCGAGCCUCCCUUAUCCUCACGGGUCUUGGUUUCAACAAGGAAACUAUUCACAAGAAGACGAAGGACAUGUCUGGUGGUUGGCGUAUGCGUGUUGCCCUCGGCAAAGCACUCUUCGUCAAGCCCAGCUUACUGCUCCUCGACGACCCGACCGCGCAUUUGGAUCUCGAAGCUUGCGUGUGGCUCGAAGAAUAUCUGAAGAAGUGGGAACGCACGCUAGUUUUGGUUUCCCACUCGCAGGAUUUCCUGAACGGAGUGUGUACCAACAUGAUCGAUAUGAGAAAGCAGCAGCUCAUGUACUACGGUGGUAACUUCGACUCUUAUGUCAAGACCCGCAAGGAACAAGAGACCAACCAGAUGACGGCCUACAAGAAACAGCAGGAGGAAAUCAAGCAUAUCAAGGAGUUCAUCGCCAGCGCAGGUACCUACGCCAACUUGGUACGACAGGCCAAGUCUCGACAGAAGAUUCUCGACAAGAUGAUUGCGGAUGGUCUUAUCGAGGAAGUCAAGGAGGAGAGGGAAUUCAAAUUCAGAUUCACUGAUGUCGAUAAACUACCCCCUCCCGUCUUGUCGUUCGACGACGUGACCUUCUCAUACUCGGGCGAGGCAAAGGACGACCUAUACCGCAACAUUGAUCUCGGGUUCGACAUGGACUCCCGAACAGCCCUCGUCGGCCCCAACGGUGUGGGAAAAAGUACGCUGCUACGUCUAAUGACUGGAAAGCUCUCCCCCACCUCCGGAUCCGUCCGUCGCCACACACAUUUGAAGCUCGGCUUGUACUCUCAGCACAGCGCUGAGCAACUGGAUCUAACCAAGAGCGCCCUAGACUUCGUCCGUGACAAGUACCGCGAGAAGUCUCAAGACUACCAGUACUGGCGACAAACCCUUGGUAGAUACGGAGUCUCCGGCCCCGUACAAACUGCGCUGAUGGGCACGCUAUCGGAAGGUCAGAAGAGCCGAAUCGUCUUCGCUCUACUUGCUAUUGAUUCGCCAAACAUGCUUCUCCUCGACGAACCUACGAACGGUCUAGAUAUCCCUACCAUCGACGCUUUAGCAGAUGCCAUUGAUGCCUAUAGCGGUGGUGUCAUCGUCGUCUCUCACGACUUCAGAUUGCUUGACAAGAUCGCUAAGCAAAUUUUGGUGUGCGAGAACCGAACAAUCAAGCCGUGGGAUGGCACGAUAGGAGAGUACAAGAACUACCUGCGCAAGAAGAUGUUGGCUGCCGGUGCAGUUUAAAGCCUGCCAUUUUCUACGAUUCACAUUUAGCCGGGGUUGAUUACGCGAAUACGCCCUCAGUUCGCGAGUCUUGAUUUGUACUACAAGGGUGGUACGGGAAAAAGGGGUGCGCAUACGUACGUACAUACAUGAGGACGCGGCUCAGAGGUCUAUAGAUUGGGCAACGAGGCAUAGAGCCGUAGCCUUGAAGUAAAACAAAAGCUUUUACUUGUUUUUUCUAUUUUCUAAAAAGGGGGGCUUUGAUAAACUGCGGAAAGCCGGCACGGAUGCACGCCGCGAUUUCGCACGUAGGAAUAGACUAGAUGAAUUUAAAAACGAAUUCUACCUUAUAUAACCUAGGUACUUGUAUAAUAUGACUUGAGAUUGAUUAUACA